AUGGAUGUCAACAGAUUAGGAGGAGGAGGUGGAGCCGUCUGCAUUCAUUGGAGGACUAUUUGCAAAUUUUGGAUGGCUGGUAAAUGUUCUUUCGGUAAAAGAUGCAAAUUCUUGCAUCAGUGGUUUGUCAGUGAUGAUUUCACAAUGUUGGCGCAACUUGCUGGGCACGAGAAGAAGGCCAUUACUGGGCACGAGGAGAAUAAGGCCAUUACUGGGAUUGCUUUCCCAAUGGGGUCUAACAAAUUAUACUCUGGUAGCAAAGAUGGAACUCUUCAGGUCUGGGACUGUCAAACUGGCAAGUCUGCUGCUGUAAUUAGCCUUGGAUCGGAAGUAGGCUGUGUCAUCAGUGAAGGCCCCUGGGUUGUUGCUGGAAUCAAUAAGUCUGUCAAGGCUUGGAACAUUCAAACACAUAAUGAACUCAGUCUUAGUGGUCCAUCUGGACUAGUUUAUGCCCUGGCUGUGGAAAAAGAAAUGCUAUUUGCUGGAGCACAGGAUGGUAGCAUAUUGGUCUGGAAAUUUGUUGCUGCAACCAAUGGUUUCGAGCCUGCUGCUGCUCUAAAGGGUCAUAGUGCUUCUGUUCUUACCUUAGUGGUAGGCAAUAAAAUACUCUACUCUGGAUCCAUGGAUAGCACAAUAAGGUUGUGGGCACUUGAGACAUUACAGUGCAUUUAUACUCUGACAGAUCACACAUCACCCGUAAUGUCUGUUCUUUGCUGGGAUCAGUUUUUACUGUCAUGUUCUCUGGACAAAACAAUAAAGGUCUGGGCAAAAACCGAGAGUGGAAAGUUAGAAGUCACUUACACCAAACAAGAAGAACAUGGUUUGUUAGCGCUCUCUGGGAUGCCUGAUGCACAAGGAAAACCUGUGUUGCUGUGCUCAUGCAAUGACAACACUGUGCAUCUCUAUGACCUGCCAUCAUUUAAAGAACGAGGAAAAAUUUGUGCCAAAGGGGAGACUCGAGCUAUUCAUACUGCACCUGGUGGUUUGUUUUUUACUGGUGAUGGAAAUGGUGAAUUAAAAGUGUGGAAGUGGAAUGAACAAUCACCAGAAGCUGCAACAACAAUCCAACAGUGA